AUGCUGCGAUUUCGGAGAUGUAUAUCCCAGGGUUUGGAUCAUAAACGGUCGAAAAAGUAUCCUAUUGGGAUGGUUUUCCACGGAUAUAAGAUCAAUCGAGUACAGGACAUUCCUCAGUUCAGUAUGACGGCUGUGGAACUGAACCACGAGCAGACGGGUGCUCGGCAUUUACAUGUGGACCGUGAUGAUGGCAACAAUGUGUUCAGCAUUGGUUUCAAGACAAAUCCUCCUGAUAAGAGUGGAGUGCCGCAUAUUCUUGAACAUACUACGCUAUGUGCAUCGCAGAAGUAUCCGGUCAGGGAUCCAUUUUUCAAGAUGCUAAAUCGUUCGUUGGCGAACUUUAUGAAUGCAAUGACUGGGCAUGAUUAUACUUUCUACCCUUUUGCCACCACCAACAAGAAGGACUUUGCAAAUUUGCGUGAUUUGUAUUUAGACGCGACGUUACAUCCAUUGUUAAGGCACGAGGAUUUCCUACAGGAGGGUUGGAGGCUUGAACAUAGUGAUGUUAAAGAUCCGGCUAGUGAUAUUGUGUUCAAGGGCGUUGUUUAUAAUGAGAUGAAGGGCCAGGUUUCCAAUGCCGAUUACUACUUUUGGAUUAGACACCAGGAGGCAAUAUAUCCAUCCCUUCAUAAUUCUGGGGGGGAUCCUGAGGAGAUAACGAACCUGAAAUAUGAUGACCUGGUUGCCUACCACAGGCGUUCAUACCAUCCUUCAAAUUCCAAAACGUUCACUUACGGAAAUUUCCCCCUGAUUGACACAUUACAGCGGCUCAACGAAGAGUUUUGUGGGUACGGUAAGCGCUUGGGACAAGGGCCAAAAGAACUGUUACCAUUGAAACUUACUAAAGAUGUUGAAAUUCACGAGAUGUGCGAGUUGGAUCCCAUGUUGCCUCCAGAUAAACAGCUGAGGACAUCUGUUACUUGGAUCUGCGGCAGUCCAGAGGAUACAUACGAAUCUUUUAUAAUGAGAAUGCUGGGGAACCUCCUAUUUGAUGGUCAUUCCUCACCGUUUUAUAAGAGGUUAAUUGAAUCGGGUCUUGGAUAUGAAUUUUCAGUCAAUACUGGGGUAGAGUCACAUACUUCCUCAAAUUUCAUCACAAUUGGUGUUCAAGGUUGCAAGAAUGCUGUGGAAAUUCAUAAAGAAAUCCAGGAGAUAUUCAAGUCCAUCCUUGAUCGGCCAUUUGAGAAUGAAAAAAUCGAAGCAAUUUUACACCAGCUAGAAUUGUCUAAGAAAGACCAAAAGUCUGAUUUUGGAUUACAGUUAUUAUAUUCUAUCCUACCUGGCUGGGUUAACAAGACCGAUCCCUUCGACGUUAUGUGUUUUGACAAUAUUCUGAAGAGAUUCAGACAUGAUUGGGAGGAUAAGGCAGAUCAACUAUUCAAAGAUUUAAUUUACAAAUAUGUGAUUAGUAAACCUUGCUUCAAGUUUACAAUGGAAGGCAAUGCGAAUUUUUCAAAAACUUUGGAGAUCAAAGAGCAAAAACGAUUACAACAGAAAUUGAGCUCUCUCAACGCAGAUGAUAAGAAGGUUAUCUAUGAGCGUGGUUUGCAACUUCAAAAGUUACAAAAUUCUAAACAAGAUCUCUCUGUACUACCCACGUUGACUGUGAAUAACAUCCCUCGUGUAGGUGAUGCAUAUCCCGUGGAAACCAACGGCCAACAGACGCACCGUAUAACGAAAACGAAUGGGAUUACCUAUCUUAGGGGCAAGCGUUCGUUAAAUGGAAUUAUUCCAUUUGAGCUAUAUCCGUAUUUGCCUUUGUUUGUUGAGUCUCUGACAAAUCUCGGCACCUCUAAUGAGGAGUAUUCCAAAAUUGAGGAACAAAUGAAACUCCACACAGGAGGGAUAUCCACUUCAAUUAAUGUCAACUCAGACCCUAUAUCCUGUCUGCCUGAACUGCAAUUUGACUUUAGCGGUUGGUCCUUGAACAGCAAAACGCAGCAUAUAUUUGAUCUUCUGAAGAGAAUAUUGUGCGAUACGGAUUUUAGUAGUAACAAGGACAAGCUUAAGGUUCUAAUCAGGUCUUUGGCAUCAUCUAACACAGCUGCGGUCGCGGAAAGUGGGCACUUAUAUGCGCGCAGCUUUGCUGCGGCUCACAUUGAUUCUACAAAAUCAAUCAAUGAAACAUUGUCGGGUGUAGAACAGCUCAAGUUCCUCAAUCGUUUGCCUGAAAUUUUAGAAGAUGAACAAAUGUUUCAAAAGGAAAUCAUUGAGAAGCUUGAACUACUAAAGAAAUAUAUUAUCUCUUCCGACAAUGUCAAAUUUAUGGUGACAACUGACUCCCCAGAACAUCUCCGUUCAAUAGAAAAUCAAAUCUCUAGUUUCUUGAGAGAACUCCCUCAGACAAAGUUACCUUCACUUCACCCUGUGGCUAAUUACCCUGUUUUAAAGAUGUCAGAUAACACCCAGCCAGCAAUCAUUCCGUUUCCAUUUCAAGUGCACUACACUGCCCAGUCUUUGGCAGGUGUUCCAUACGUUCAUGAAGAUGGUGCAUCGUUGCAGGUAAUGGCAAACCUGCUGACCUUCAAGUAUUUACAUCGCGAAAUCCGUGAGAAAGGUGGCGCAUACGGUGGAGGUGCUUCAUACAGUGGCAUGGACGGCCUCUUGAACUUCUUCUCAUAUAGAGAUCCACAUCCUGUCAAUAGUAUGUCUGUGUUCAACAAUGCAGGAAAAUACUUACUCAAUGAUGCAAAUCUAACGGAAAAGGACUUGGAUGAAGGUAAACUAACAAUCUUCCAAAAAGUCGAUGCCCCGAUUAGCGCAAGAGCUGAGGGCUCGGUUGCUUUCCACUACAACUUGACCGAUGAUAUGAGACAGAAAAGAAGGGAACAACUUUUAGACGUAUCGUUACCAGAUAUUCGACGUGUAACCGAGAAGUACCUGGUGAAUUCCAAUCCAGAACGUCGCUUCAGCGUUGCCAUCGGUCCCGAGAUCGAGCGCAUCACCAAGCCUUCAGAAAAGGCUUAA